UUACAGUAUAAGUAACACCGCCACAUCAUCAGACACCUUGUAGGCUAGACAAGAAGACAAGCUCGCGCACGACUCACGUGCAAAGGUAAAAUGCAGCUGAAUAACCGCACGAGGCUGACGAGUUUGAGGCUGUGUGUUAUCUAACAUUAGUUAGGGGAGGUCAAACAAAAAGAAGAAGAGCCAUGAAGAAACACCUGAGUCCUACAAAACAGGCGCAGCAGCAGCAGAAGCAGCCUCCACCGGCGGAUGUUCCCGUGGCUCCCGGCGGCGAGGUUACCGUCCAACAACUCAACGAGCUGCUGUCGAACGGCAGCGGGUGCUACAGCUUACCGACACAACACUUUAACGAGGUGUUCCCCCGGAUAUACAUCGGCAACGCGUUCGUAGCCCAGAAUGCAAUGCGCCUGCAGAAACUGGGGGUGACGCACGUCCUCAACCUGGCGGAGGGAACCUCCUUCAUGCAUGUCAACACCAGUGUGGAAUUCUACACGGGCACGGGCAUCACGUACCACGGCAUCAAGGCCAACGACACGAUGCAGUUCAACAUCAGUGCCUUCUUUGAGGAGGGGGCUGACUUUAUCGACAAGGCGCUAGCACACAAUAAUGGCAAAGGGAAGGUGUACGUACACUGCAGAGAAGGCUACAGCCGCUCCCCCACCAUGGUGGUGGCUUACCUCAUGCUGCGCCACAGGAUGGAUGCCCGGCUGGCGGUGGCCACCGUGAGGCAGAAGAGAGAGAUCGGCCCUAACGACGGCUUCCUGCGCCAACUGUGCCAACUCAACGAGAAGCUGGCAAAGGAGGGCAAGCUGAACGGGGAGGUGGGGCAAACUAAAGACCAAAUGAAAAGCCUCCCAUCAUGCCUUUCACAGGCUUCCAGCCACUCUGGGAGUCUUACCCCACCCUGACCAAACCAGCACCCAUCCGACACCAAGGGGUAUUCCAUACACAAACAUACAUGCAUUUAUCUGUGUAGACAACUAUUCCUCACACACACACACACACUGUUUUUUAUCUUCAGUUCACGUCUGCCGCUGCUGCUCUGUAAGAGGACAUCCGUCAAAUCUUCUGCCUGCUCCUACAAAGAGUGUGAUCUUAAAUACUUCCUCUUUCCAAAACACACACACACCGCUCCACACUUGCAGAUCUCUCGCUGCAUAAAGUGGUGACUUAAAGCAUUCCUUCAAUCCCCACAAGUUUGCCCUGAUUUUUAAGAUUUCCGUAAUAAAAAGUAAGAUUAUAGCACAAUCAUUCCAUAGUUUUCCACUGCCGGGAAUGUCAGUGUUGUUUCCAACAGCAGGAGUAUUCUGAAAAUUCCAAACAAACUUUUAGAUAUCAAAUGGCCACACAUGAUGCAGAUAAAAUAGGUCAGAAAGCGAUGUGUGAAUAGAUGGAGGGAAAAUCCCAAACAUUCCAAGCCCCUCCACAGUUUUUACCCCUGAAAUGAUCUUCUUCCUUGAAGGACAGAUAUUUAAUGCACAAACACAAAUGAUUCACACUCUAAUGCAAGCUGUAGCUCUGUGUAACAUUCCACUCGGCAUCCUGGACUCUCGGCCUCUAGUUUGACAGCGGUAGCGAUACAUCUGACACAUUCUGUAUCCCAGAGGCUCGCAGCAAGGACAGCAAAGGUCGAGCUUAUUAAAAAUAACGAGCUGCUGCGUGGGUUGCUCAUGUAGCGGCCAUAUUUCCAGUUGCUUUUUAAGUGACAUUAUUUUAGUUUGUCAUUGAGCUCAACGAGCCUGCACUCGAGGCAAAUCACAUUCAGGCAAGCGAGUACUGGGAGCUCUAUCCUCUAACAUUCACAGAGGUCAUCUACAGUAUUUCAGUUCUAAAGUGGCUUGUUUACAAUUACAUAUAUAUCAUAUGACGUUAUAUUAUUUUCCUGUAGAGCAGGACUGCAUGACAAAAACUUCCUUUAUCGGGAUUACAUUUAUAGUUUGACAUCCCUACAGUGAUUGUGUUUUGGGUUAUCAAAACGCAGAUGACCAAAACGUACAAUAUAGACAGUAUUUGUUGCCUUUAACUUAGACAACACUCAAGUUAACCAGCUAAUAUAAAUACGCUUUUCACACACGUGUUGUGAAGACCUCCAAAAACAUUAAAAGUCCUGAACAACAGGAGCACUGUUUAAUUUAUUUUACCUAUCCUCUUUUUUCAUUUAAAUACUUUGAUUUAUUGCAGGUGAGGUAAUGCUUUUGUUGUCUGCAUUAUAUAUUUUUGUCUUGCAUUGUCAGCAUCUUAUCUUUAUAUUUUUGCCUUCUAUCCACAUUAAGCAGGUGUUUUCGUACUUGAAAAAAUUAGCCGUUAUGAAACAAUGACGUAAGCGUGAUCACUCAUUUUAAAUCCAAUCACAUAGCAGAGCUGUUAAGCGCUGCAGCUAACACAUAUUUGGUGUGGUCAGUUGUUUUUAAGAUUCCCAACUUGCCCACAUUACCUACGCUACACUUACAGACUAGUAGCUUAAAGGGGUUAAAGGCAGACUUCACCAGGUUUACCAAUUUCAAACUAGAGGCCUUUAGUUUGGAGAUGCCUCCCACUAACUCUUCUAACAGAGCGGUCCAGUCAUCACGCCACAGAGUUGUCCACUGCCAUACGGUCAGCACCACUGUUUCAUCCACACAGUCUGUCAGAGGCCCAUUCACAACAUGGCUCACUCCUACAUGUGUGUGUUAAUUAUGCCUGACUUUACACCCACACACCGGGUCCAAUUACAAUGUUUUGUUUGUAUGUACUUCAGCAUUGCAAUAUAUGUCAAUACCCUCAUCAGAUAUAUAGAAUGUAAUCACAUCUAAAUAUGACUAUUCAGGCUCUAGUUGUUACAUAUAGGCAACAGUAGUUCUACAAUACACCUUAAAAGUAUUUAUUACUUGGCAUAAUACUGUAAACUAAACCUAGUGCCAGGGAGGACGGAGAUGGGGUGUCUUUAAAGGAAUAUUUAUCCCACUAAAAUGAACAUUUGUGUAUCGAUUACCCAUGCUGUGUUACCUUGAAGAAAACUUUUUCUUACCUCGAUGGUAACAACAAUUAAAAAAACGUUAUAGAUGACAUUUAACAACAGCAAAAUGAUAUUGAAACAUACAAUUAUAUACGCUCACUCUUUACCGUAAAAUUAUUUUAAAAACCGCUUGCGUAAACAUUCUCAUGCUAGCGCAGUCGCGUUACUUGUCUGUGCAAGUCGGGUCAAAAGUGUUUUAAAUAGUAUGUUUUUUUUGUUUUUUAAGAUUAAUAUUUUGGGGGCUUUUUUACCCUUCCAAAAGAUUGGAAAGGGGGUUGGGGGGUAGCAUUUUCAGCAAAAUGCCAUGGGUUGGAUUUGAACCCGACUUGCUGUUCUUCUUCCCCUUUUUACCUUUGGGGAAAAUGCAAUUAGAUGUAGUGCGCAUACAACUGAGUAACAGAGACUUGGAUUUACUGCACAAGUUUUACGAGAUAACAUUUUUUAAGUUUUGCUGUUAUUAAACUCAUCCUCAUUUUCUUUAAAAUACAUUAAAAAAACCUAACCAUAACAAAAGAAAACACAGUUUUCUUCAAGAAUACAACCUAACCCAAGAAGAGUAAUUUCUAUAUAAAUGAUCAUUUUAAGGUGUAAAGAAUUCCUUCUAAACCCCCACUCCACGGAGCUGUUUUUCGAGGUGGACUCCCAUCAAAGUGCAGGGGUUUGAGCUGGAUGAGCACCAGCAUCCCUCCAGAGUUCCGACUCUUUGUCCCACACAUCAUAAUCCUCCUGAACAAACGGCCUCGGGGCAUGUUCGCAUGAAUCCAGGGGCAUAGUCGUCUCACUAGAGAGGAGAAUGGAAACUAGGUUGUCUCACCUCAUUAAUGGCACUAUUUAUUCCUCCUUUGAUAUAUCUGUAUACAUAUGAAUAUAUACAUGUAUACUGUAUAUACAUAUUUAAGUGUUGACAUAUAUGAAUGUAUGAGCAAUGUGUCUAUUAACGUGUAGGUAUCGUCAGUAUGUCUUUAUAUAUCAUGUUAUAUUUGUAUAUGGUGCAUCGAGGAAUCCAUCGGUUACAUGUACAUUCAUAUUGAAAUGUAAUGUACAUGUAAACUGUUGUCUUUGUGAUUGUGACGUUUCAUAAUUGUGCAAAAGUUGCUUAUGAUCAGCAGGGUUUACCAAGCUGGGAUACUGAGGCAUGUGAUCAUCCUGUUUGAUAAUGUUUCGUACAGUUUUUAAGUUUUCAUGGUAGUUUAUUCAUAGUAUACAGCAAGAUGCAGGUGGCAGCAUAAGAUGGAUACGAAUUGUCCUCCAUAUGGCCGCACACGUCAUCAUGUCAAAGGAUACACUCAUCCCAUCAAAAACAUUUACAGCUAAAUGUUAUGUGAUGAUCUAUAUUUGAGUUUCCAGAUACACUUUCCUUUUCAAUGCAAUGUUUUCAGCAGCAAAACAACUAUCCUUCAACAGGCUGCAGAAUCCUAGUAAAGAGAAACAUCCAGUAUGUGUUGUGAGAUUUCAUAAUGAAAGAACUAAUGUAGUUUUUGUGCAAAAAAUUAAAUAAGACUAUAUUGUUGUUAUUAUUAUUGUAAGUCAGUUGCAUAUAAGCCGUAUUUCAAGUCAGUUUUAUACUGUGCAAACUACAGGAGAGUAAUGCAACGGCAGUGGAUAAAUAAGACCUGCAGACUUGUUGCUGCUACAUACUUGCGCCACCUCCAAAUAUUUGGGUUUGGUAAUGUAACCUUUGAAGACAUCACAUUUGGCUUUGGGAAUAAUGAUUUCACUUUUACAUUGGGGAAGAAAUACUCCAGACUGAAAUUAAAAUACAACCAGUGUGGUAAAAUAGCAAUCUAAUUUAAUAAAAUCCAAUCUUUGAAUCCAAUUUCAAAACAUGCAUUGAAAUGUCAAGUGUUUCUUUAGCCUUUGCUCAUUAUAGGAUUAAAGAUCAUGUUUGAAUCAAAUAUUAUCACAGGAAGUUAGAAAUGAGGUGCUGGUUGUUUUUUUCCUUUAGUCAUCUCAUGUACUUGAAAAUGUUUCAAAAUGUUAAAGCAACGCACCCAAUAUGACAUAUCUUGCAAGCCCUCUUUCCUGUUGUGUGUCUAGCAAGAUGAAUCGGGUGCAGUGGCUCCAAUUUGAGACCAUUUUCAAGUCAAAAUGUCUUUCACUUCAUUUUCCUACCGCCUUGUCAUGAACCCCAAACCAUACAGCAGUGAAGAUAGAUUGAAGAUACAACAAAAACAGAGAAACACUAACCUCACACAAAAACAUUAAACACCAAGAUUGUCUUGUGCCAAGUGGCCUACUGUACAAAAUACAGUCAAUGUUUAUGAUUGGCUUUUUAAAUGUCAUUCCAAUGGACUGGGGUUUCACUCACCAAUUUUCACAUCUGCUCUACAAUACUGCCCUCCUUCUGAAUUCACAAAAGCAACAACUAGUUAGGAUUUCUGGAGUUUUACAUAACAACAAAUUGAGAAUGAUUGCCCUAAACUCGGUCCAGGAUGAGGGUAUGUACUUUAUAGCGUCAUAACUCCCGAGAUAGGGUCUAAUAAACACUAGCCAAACUAGCCAUGGUAGAUGUUUUCCGAUGCAUUUUGUAGCCACUAUUUAUAGAAGAAAAAAUCCUCCUUUUUGGACGAAGAAAAGGUGCAAAAAAGUUUUCCUAAAAGGAAAGCGUCUAUGAUGGCUACACCGCUGGUUUUACACUUUUUAUGCGUAACAGAUAUACACUGCCACCUGCUGUUCAACAAAUGUUGUUAUUUUUAGCAUUAGUCGUCCGAUCUUUUUUAAUGUCUUUAAUGUGAAACUCUGUUAUGUCCAGACUUCCUGUGUUUUGUUUAACAAGGUACCAGCAUAGUUUUGUGGGUAAUACUCCAGGUACAGUACUAAAUGUAUUAUCGAGAAUGUCCAAUGUGAAAUGCCAUUGAUGUAUUUUGUUAUAUAUACUGAGUAUGUAUCACGCACUAAGGCAAUUGUGAAUUGCUGCAUUUUACGGUCUUAACCGGCCGACUAUAUAGAUAGGACUUUGUAUGCUGUUGAAUCUAGUGAGCUGAAAUUGCAAAUGAUAUGACUUCUUUCACCUUUUUAAAUUGUUUUCAUUUAUUUAGAUUUGUCCUGUUACAAGAAUGUAAGUUGAUUAUAGUUUAAUUACAUGUUCCCUGCUAAAAUAGACUUGUUUUGGUACAGUAGGAUUGUGACCUACUUCUAUUGUCUUAAGCUUAACACAGUACGUCAUUAUCUGUUUUUCUUUUCUUUCGGAUGAGUCACCUAUAAUGGUACCUGGACCAGAUGGUAAUUGUAAUUCAUUCAUGGUGCUUGCCUGGAAACCAGAAAGAGAGGAGGAUUAAAUCACUCAGAGAGAGCCAGGUAGUUUUUUUUAUCACAGUAAAGAACACUAAAUUGACUUUGAGUUGAAUGCGCAGUCCCAUGUGGCGUAUCUCAGCCAUCUGUGCUGAAGUAAGCAAAAACCUGAGAUGUUUAAACCCUCUGUGACUGACUGUCAAUAUUUUACAUCAUGGAAAGUUAUCUGGCUGAACUUAUCUGAAUUGUGCAUGAUGCAAUAAACUCCAUCCGAUCUGGUACUCUUGGGAGCGCUCAAACAAACACCGGAAAUGACUUACAAAUACUGUUUGGCCCAGGUGAAGUGCAGAGCUGCCAUGUCCUUCUUCUUGCUCCCAUUCUUAAAAAAUAAGAAUUGUUUUAGCACAAUGAGCCCACUGCCUGACUCCACCCGGAGUCCAUGACACAGUCCACGUCUUAUCUCUUCACGUUUCUGUUGGUGUACAGAUGUCUCGGAGGAUUAUGUUGUGAUUUUGGAUCAGCUGUUCAAUGGGUAUUCCACAUGUAUAUUUGUCACCGCCACUGACAUCUCAAUGAACACAGCACCCCACCUAAAGCCUUACAGUAAAGAUUGAUUCUUUAGACUGUUUUUAAGUUUGUGUAUCUUACUUCACACAGCAGGAAGGGACGGCUCCCUUACAGGAUGAGACAUGCACUUGAUUUUAAAUUGCAAUGUUGAGUUUUCUUACCUUGAAGAAGUCCCUUCUUUCUUAUGUUUAAGAAAUAAAUGGCUGAGGUACUAACAUCUGAUCAUGA